AUGGAGCCGGGCCCCUACGUGCCCCCCCCGUUCCCCUGCCCCGCCGUGGGGCAGCCCCACUGGGAGCCCCCCCCCGAGCCCCCCCCUCCCGGGCCCUGGGCCCCCCCCCUGGACCCCUUCGCCCAAGCUUUUGGGGGGCGGCUGCCAGGGGAGGCCUGGGGGGCCGCGACCCCCGCGGGGGGGGGGGUGGAGGUGGGCCCCCCCCCUCCCUACCUGCCCCUGCCCUUCAGGGGGGGGGCCCCCCUCGAGGAGCCCCCCCCCGCCUGCCUCUACCAGGACCUGCAGCCCCCCUCCUGCGCCCCGCCCGGAUCCUUCCAGGGCCCAGCCCUGCAGGGACUGGGGGGGGGCGACAGCUUUGGCGGCCUCGUGGGACCCCCGGCCUGGGCUCCCGACGGGGCGCGAUGCCCCCAGGACCCCGACCGCUACCCCUUCGCCGCCUUCACCCCCUGGCCAGGGGCGGCGUUGGGGGGCUGCGAGCUGGGCCCCCCCUGGGCAGGGGGCGCAGCCCCCCCGGAGAUCAACGUGGGCUCCGGUUUCCAGGCGGCCGUGCCGGAGGCGGGGGGCUGCGCCCGGACCCCCCCGGGGGGGGCAACGCUGGCCUGGAGUCCCUGGCCCGGGCUGGAGGGGGACCCCGCAACCCAGCGGCAAGUGGAGAUGCUGCUGGCCCUGGCCUGCUCCAGUGCCGUGCCGGGGGGGGGCACCAACACCGAGCUGGCCCUGCACUGCCUGGCCCGUGCCCGCGGCAGCCUGACGGGAGCCCUGGAGCUGCUGCUGCUGGGGACACCGGCCUGGCCUGAGGCGCACCCGUUGGCCGGGUACCACUACGCUGGCAGCGACGCCUGGAGCCCCCGCGAGCGGCGCCUCUUUGCCCAGGCGCUGGCGCGGCACGGGAAGGACUUCGCGCGCAUCCAGCGGGCGGUACCCUCCAAGCGGACGACGCAGUGCGUGGAGUUCUACUACCUGCACAAGGCGCGGCUGGGGAGGGUGCGCAGGCAGGCGCCACCCGAAGCCCUCGGUGCCCGCUUCCCCUGCAAGCUCUGCGGCAAGAUUUUCCCCAAAAUCAAGAGCCGCAACGCCCACAUGAAGAUCCACCGGCAGCAGGAGGGCUGGGGGGGGGCCCCCUCCUUCCUGUCCCCGCCCUGGGCUCCUGCCCUGGGGGGGGCACUUGCUGCAGCCCCCCCGCACCCCGCUGCGAGCCCCCCGCCCUGGGGUGGGGGUCCCGGGUGCGCUGGGCCCCCCCUGGACACGGAAAAGGUUGGAGGAGCAGAGUUUAUUGCAGAGGAGCCACGGGGGCGCUGGGGGGGCCCCAUGUGAAGGGGGGGGCCCCGUGU